CCUGGUGGUGAGAAACGAACUAACAGCGGGAGCUCGCUGCGUGAUUCCCGUCGUUCAGCCUCUGCCGACUGGAGGGAUGUGACCCCGGAACAGGACGCCCUCCUAAAACAACACACCAUUCAAAUAGGAUACCGAAGAAAGAAAAGCUGGACCAGGAGGGAGCUACAGGAGCAGGGGUCAUGAACCGGGAGGAGGUCCCGGGGAAGUCUCCUGAAGAGAUGUACAUCCAACAGAAAGUGCGGGUUCUGCUCAUGCUCAAGAAGAUGGGGUCCAAUCUCACGCCCAGUGAAGAGGCGUUCCUCCGGAACUAUGCAGGCGUGGUCCACAGCCAGAUGAGCCAACUACCUCAGCACAACAUCGACCAGGGUAAGAGACCCCACAAGACCCCCGUCUAUGCCUGCCAAUACCGGGAUCCACGAGGCCUUAUCGCGACGCUCUGUUUGGCUGCUUUAAAACCACAAUAGACAGUUUGGCGGCUAUUCCUUACUUUGCUGUUUAGGAUUCUGUAUUUAACACUGCAUCCAUACUAUUUUCAUGACUUGCAUUCAAACACAACUCAGAAGUCCUGGGUUUGUUGCUUGGCAGUGCAGAUGAGAACACAAGUACAACACAGAAAAAUAUAUUGCAAACCUUUUUCUAGUGUGACUUGAACAAAGUGACUUGGCUUUGCCUUACUGUUACCAGGUGUGACUGUGGUCAUGUAUCACACGGCGUGACUGGUCAUGUAUAAAGAGGUGUGACUGUGAACAGGAAUGACCAGGUGUGACUGUGAAUAGGUAUUGCAAAAGCAAACUAGGGACGCAGUCACGCAAUAUAUUCACAUGGAUGGGUCUUGUUUGUGAACUGCAGUGCAGUCAUCAGACGCUAGAGUGCGCUGUUCUCUUUGUACAUUUAUUAAUGUGUAGCCGGGUCAGACUUCCACCACAAGAGGGCGCUAGAUUAAAAAGAACGUGAUCCUCAGCAAGUACAGAGGAAGCAGCCAAAAACGAUUCAAAGGGACGUGAGCUACUUCCUCUCCUUUUAUCAGCUGCCUUCCAGCCCUAAUCCGAAGCACGCUCUUAUUUUGAAGCCUCUGCGGUCUCUGCCACCCACCAUGGACUCAGGUAGAAGCCAUCUUUUAUUAGUACCCAUCCCCAGCGGGUAAACAGCUGGUCUGACCAGGUGCCUUUGAUUCUGGAGGUGGAUCGCGUGUCCCACUCCAGCAGAA